GCGGGAGCCACGGGGCUACCACUGGUCCAUUGCUACUGUUCUUAUCGGCCACAGAGACAGAGCCGCGCCGAGAAUGGCAUCAUCCUUAGCUUCUUCGUAAGCAGCAGCUCCCUCUCUCUCAUUUGAAUUCUUCCUUUCUCCACAGUGAGAUCUUCCAAUUUGGAAACGGCUCUUCCCAAGCGCCUAUACGCGGCUUCGUUUUUGUUUUUGUGCGGCAUACUGUUGCUAAUAAUUGGGCGAGCGCGCGCACACAUAAGAAGUGAUUAGGUUGGGUUCUGUUCUGCUCUGUGAGAGAGAUCUGGGUUCGAGCAGGGGACCCAUGGAGAAGAAGAAGAAGAUUCUGGCUUGGGGGGUUUUGGUUGUCGCCGCGGCCGUGUUCCUUGGCAAAUGGGCAGAUGGGUCGUCUGAGUAUUUCAAUCUCACUGAGGAGCUGCCAUUUGAGUCUUUGAAUGGUGUCUCUGCUGUCCCUUCUGCCAGUGACAUCCUCAUGGUGGAUCUUACCCUCAUUCCCGGAGCUGCUGCCAAUGGCGCUGUAUGCUUGGAUGGAACAUUACCUGGUUAUCAUUUGCACCGUGGAUAUGGAUCUGGAGCAAACAGUUGGCUUAUUCAGUUAGAGGGUGGAGGAUGGUGUAAUAACAGACGAUCUUGUGUUUUCCGCAAAACAACUCGGCGUGGAUCAUCAAAUUACAUGGAAAAGAAGUUACCAUUUCCCGCCAUACUUAGCAAUAAGGCUGAAGAAAAUCCAGAUUUUUUCAACUGGAAUAGAGUAAAGCUUCGCUAUUGUGAUGGUGCCUCCUUUGCUGGGGAAGGCGAGGAUGAGGUUGCUAAAAUGGAAUUUAGAGGGGAACGUAUAUGGUCAGUUGCCAUGGAAGAAUUAAUGUCAAUAGGGAUGCGCAAUGCCGACCAGGCUCUUCUUUCAGGGUGUUCUGCUGGGGGUCUAGCAUCUAUUUUACAUUGUGACAAGUUCAGAGAUUUAUUUCCUGGAAGUACUAAAGUGAAGUGCCUGAGUGAUGCUGGAUUAUUCCUGGAUGCGGUUGAUGUGUCUGGUGGGCGUACCCUUAGGAAUAUGUUCAGUGGCGUUGUUGAGUUGCAGGGGGUGCAGAAGAAUCUGCCAAGUACUUGUACAAAUCAUCUUGAUCCAACUUCAUGCUUCUUCCCUGAGAACUUGAUUGCCGGCGUUAAAACCCCCUUAUUUAUUCUCAAUGCCGCCUACGAUGUAUGGCAGGUUCAUUCGAGUUUGGCUCCUGCAUCUGCUGAUCCUAAUGGCUCUUGGAAUUCUUGCAAAAGGAACUAUGCUAAUUGUUCUGAAUCACAAAUCCAGUUUCUGCAAGAAUUCAGAAAACAAAUGCUGGAUGCCGUAAAAGAAUUCUCAAUGUCCAAGGAAAAUGGACUAUUCAUAAACUCGUGUUUUACUCACUGCCAAACAGAGACACAGGAGACAUGGUUUACCGAUAGUUCUCCUCUUGUUGACAGCAAGAGGAUUGCUGUGACUGUUGGAGAUUGGUAUUUUGAUCGAGCAGAUGCUAAGGCCAUCGACUGUCCUUACCCCUGUGACAAAACAUGCCAGAAUGUUGUUGCCAAUGGCUAGAUUGUAUCUGUUACCUUCUUUCUUGCCCAAUGGCUCAUAUGCUGUCAUUCUACUGAGUAAACUACAGCUCCCCCUUUGUAAUAAGCUUGCAAUUUGUAGUGACAUCAAAUUGGCAAUUUGCUCAGUAAGUGUGAAUCAUUUUUAUGGAGCC